GAGAAGCAGCCCAAUGCGGCUGUUUCCAAAAAAGUAUUGAAUGUCCGGAGGAAUUCAGUCACCCCUCCCGUGAAAGCGCGUAUUUGAGAGCGCGCACAGGAGCGAGCGCUCGCACUCCAGCUCUGCGUUCAGUCCCACGCGCUUCUGACCCUCGCUCCUCUCCGGACAUUUCUCUAUUGCAGCCCAGCAACCCAUAAGCAGCCAUGGAUGCCAUUAAGAAGAAGAUGCAGAUGCUCAAGCUCGACAAGGAGAACGCCUUGGACAGAGCCGAGCAGGCUGAGGGAGACAAAAAGGCAGCGGAGGACAGGAGCAAACAGUUAGAAGACGAGCUAAUUCAGUUGGAAAAGAGGUUGCGGGUAACGGAGGACGAGCGUGAUAAAGUGUUUGAGGAGUACCAGAGCGUGGAGGAGAAGCUCGUGUCCGCCGAGGAGGUCGCCACCAAGGCUGAGGCUGAUGUAGCGUCCCUGAACAGACGUAUCCAGCUGGUUGAGGAGGAGUUGGAUCGCGCACAGGAGCGUUUGGCCACUGCCCUGCAGAAGCUGGAGGAGGCCGAGAAGGCUGCCGAUGAGAGCGAGAGAGGCAUGAAGGUGAUUGAGAACAGGGCUCUGAAGGAUGAGGAGAAGAUGGAGAUCCAGGAGAUCCAGCUCAAGGAGGCCAAACACAUCGCUGAGGAGGCCGACCGCAAAUAUGAGGAGGUGGCCCGUAAGCUGGUGAUCGUUGAGGCUGAGCUGGAGCGCACUGAGGAGCGCGCUGAGCUGAAUGAGAGACGCCUUCGAAGAUUAGAGGAUGAGCUUCGAGUGUUGGACCAAACCUAUAAGUCAUUAAAGGCAUCAGAUGAACAGUACUCCCAGAAAGAAGACAAAUACGAGGAGGAGAUCAAGGUCCUCACUGACAAACUAAAGGAGGCCGAGACCCGUGCUGAGUUCUCCGAGAGGUCCGUCGCCAAACUUGAGAAGUCCAUUGAUGACCUUGAAGAGAAACUCUCUCACGCUAAAGAAGAGAACCUGGAUAUGAACCAGAUGUUGGAACAGACUCUAUUGGAGCUGAAUAACAUGUGAAUCCUGCUCACGUAACCAUGACCAUGUCUGCAUUUUGUACUUUGUUUUUGGGUUUUCUCGUCCUGACAGUAAUCAGACUGAAUAACAUGUGCCAUUUGUUACAAAAGCUUUAGUUUUUUUCCUUCUCUUUUAUUUUCUGUAAUACUGUGGUACAUGUUUGUUUUUAUUCUGGUUGUGCACAAAGUUAGCAACAAUUGCACUUAAUUCAAUGUAUGCACAUAACGGUUCUAGUGGACACGUCGAGUCUGAAGCCAAGUUGAAUUGAAAUUGAGCGUUUUUUGUUUUUAUGGUGUACAUGGGAUUAGGUUGUCCUGUGUAUACUGGUGCUACUGUGAAGGCGGUGUGUAGCUUAUAGAGUUAAUGAAUGAAAAUAUACAUUUUCCCAAUUUGGAUCUCAUUCUUUGUGCCAAUAUUUAGCCCUAAAGGGACUUAUUUACCCUCCCAACUUGUAUUUAUUUUUGAUCUCCCUUCCUAGUUUUGCAGCAAGAUGUCAGGCAACGUUUAUUUGUUGAGUUCACUUGUGCCGAAACCCAUAUUUGGAAAAUGAUGAAAUCAUAUUUGGUUGUGCCUCGUUCAUUUUAGUCGUUUUAAAUGUACUGUAGGUGUAUUAAAUGUCAUAUAAAAAUGUACAAAGCUAAAAAAUAUAAAUAAAACCACUCCGUUUGACAUUU